AGAGUCGUGAAACAUUGAUUCUCACACUAUCCUGUAAGUACAAGUACUACUAGUUACGUUGAAGCAAAAAUCCAACCAUCUACCCUCAAGGCCUCUACAGCUGUUUCUAAAUUACUAGCAUUUACUAAGAGAUAGUCUGUAUUCCUGGGAUUAUGGUUUUUAGGGAAGGGCGGACGGCUGAAACGUCUUUCUCACCAGGUAGAUACAACAAAAAUUCCUAUCCCUGCUUCCUUUAAAGGCGCAGCGAGCUGCGCCAAUACCCCGACAAGUGCUUAGGGACAAUAUAAGUGGCACUUUGGAAAACUUUGACAGCCCGCUCACAAAAUUCCAUAGGUCCCUGCAGCUUGAUACACCUCCACACAGCUUCAUGUUCAAAGGCUGCAGGUAUCCCAUCAUGCCAUUGACCAACAAUGGAUGUCUCUUCUUGGAUGGUCAACGAUGGAUUGUGGUACGGGCUCAAUGGGCUCGAGCUUGGAUACGAAAAACGUAUCUGGAAGCACAAGGAGAUGAAGACAAGGAUGAUCAAUUGGAGGAGGCAUGUAUGCCGCGGCCGUGAGCGGCGUACCGUUGACGCGGAGAAAAUCGGAUCAAUCGCUCUUAUCAUUGCGAGCAGUCAGCAACACUGCUCGUACUGUAAAUUUUUGGCCAUGGAUUCUGACCAUGACACAGAAUGCCCCUGGACGACGUACAAGAAAUCGUGGAAGAAACCCCUGAAAGGCUGCUUAAAGUCCCCCUCGACGUCGAGCUCACCAAUGCACAGUCCAGGCUCUGACUCUCCCAUUAAUCACAGAGACGAUACUUUUGCCUCCUUUGCCCAAGCUUGCGCAGAUCUGCAAACUUUACGGCUCCAACCAUCGGAGUUAAAUCUUGCCAUACCUGGUUCUACUUCAUCCAAUUCCUCGUCUGGCUCGUCUUCCCCAACUAGCAAUAGCUAUGAGAGCUCUGGUACAUCAUCACCGGUCACAGAUGGUAGUUUGACUCCGAGGACUCGAGCACGAAAGAAUGUCUCUUUCUGUUCCGAGGAAGACGGUUUAGAGGAAGUUUUUAUCGCGGAUGUGUGGGAUAGAACUCCCACUGAGCCCGCAGGCCAUUUAAGCUAUCAGGAAUUGCUUGAACUAAAAGCAAUUCAGAGAACCCUUCCCCGUGCCCAGCAAUUACCCGAUAUGUUUACAGGAAGACCUGCUCAUCACUACCUCCAACACGUCCCGAUCAGUCUCCUUCCACUAACAGACCAGAGCAGUCCUUCUCUUAGUCCUCUUUCUACGCCACAUUCAACACCUGUCUCAACUCCAGGAGGCAGUCCUAUCGGACAAGGUAGCCCAAGCGGCAGUGCUGACCGCUCCCCACCGCGAUCGCCUGUAUGCGGCCCAUCCCCGAAAUCAGCAUCGAGUGCUCAUGGUGCUUGGCACUCUUACACCCCAUCAACAAUGUCCCCACUUACUGCCUCCGCUUUAGCAGCUGCAUUCGCUUCUAAGAAUGCGGAGAAGCGUGUUUAUCCUGCAAAUCCUAUUCCAUCGAAUUUGGGUCCAAAAUUCGUACCUCCGACAAAUCCACCCGUUACAGUUGCGCGCAAUAACACUCCUACUCCUUCUCCAACCCUCGACUCGCCUUCUACUCCAAAACCCUCCCUUACUCCCACCGCCACCUCAUCACCCGUUCCAUGCACCGCUCCUGCUAUCCUUUCGCCGUCACCUUCCGAUCCAUUCUCGCUUUCUCACCUUUUACCAUCUAAAACGCCUACUCCCAUGCGAAGGAAACCAAAUUUCGCUUUCCUUCCGCUUUUGGACACACCCCCGAGUUCCGGUGACAUUACUCCCACCACUAUGAUCCCCGAGCUUGACUUAAAACCUAGUGAACAAAACAAAUCAGUAUCGUCAUUGCUUGCAUCACCAAUCGUUUUCAAUGAGAGCAGUCCUUGUGAUGAUGAGCCACCGUCAAUAGAGGCUUAUUCUUCAUCUUCCUCAUCAUAUACAUCCGAUUCUGAACGUUCAGUAUCUGCGGAAGUGCCUGUCAUUGGUUCAGCAUAUACUGAAACGAAUGAUUCAGGAAACCUGGGAUUCUUCCUCAUCCCACCUUCGAAACGCGCACAACUCUCGAAGCCAAUGGCCUGUAAUGGCAAUAAUGUGGCAUUCUCCAUAAAAGAUCCAAGGCUCCAGGCCGUGACAUCUCCUGUCCUCGCACCGCCGAGCCCUUUCAUUCUAGAUGGGGCGGGUCCGACUGGGGCACGAUCUUUAGACACAGAUCUUGCAGCUAUGCAAGAACGUCUAGAACGCGUGGAGCUGGAACGAUCUCUGGCAAAGGACGUGCUGGAAGAUACAGAACCAAUCACUCGAACUCCGUUGUCGUCGUCUCCUCUCUCGAAAACUCAAACCGAUAGCAGCUCUGUCAGCGGUGCUGCGAGUCCAGAUGCAGAAUGUGGUCAAGAACACGCAGACAAGACAACAGAUUGGGAGGAAGUAGAAAGAUUCAGAAGGGAGAGGCUGGGUAAUAAAUGGACUCCUCCGUCUAGCCGGGGGCCUAGUCGCACCUCGAGUCGCGCUCCAUCAAGAGAACGCAAUGUGGUCGAGAUCAACGGCGUAGAAAUUGAACUGGAUGACUAGAUGCUAAUCAUACGCAUACAUACAUUUUCUAUAAACAUUCCACCUCAUUCCACAUCCUCACAUGUAAUCUUCAUAUCUGUAUUCUUAACUUAACGGAAUCCUCUAAUAAUCUCAUCAUACA